AUGGCUUCACAUUUCUUUCGUACUGCAUUUUACGCAACUGCAGCGAGAAAAUCAAUAAGUGUACCGUUUGCCGCCGGCCGCACGGCCGCUACUCUUGCCGUUGGCCUCUCGUUUGGUGCACAAAAUAAUCGCAGCGCUGCUGUUCCAUAUGAAAAUCUCUAUGCGGAUAAUUUCUUUAGCCUCCCCUCCGGCACCGGAAUGGGCAAGGGUUUGCUGCAGGGGCCGCUGACUGAUUACCGGAAAAUGCAGCAGCCGUUGUCGCGCAAUUUCUCAAGCCUUCAAACACAACUGGUGCAGAAUAGCGCAAUGGCAUCGAUGAAGAAUCGUAGGUAUUUAUCCUCCAAGGAUAUAACCAAGAAUAUGACGCUCUAUACGAAUAACAAGGCGAAUAUCGAAGUGGAUCCCAAAACUUUGGCCUUCAAGAAGCCCACGGGUAAUCCACUGGUUCUGAUGAUGGCCUGGCUAAUGGCCAAGCAGAAGCAUCUGAAGAAGUAUGCCCAAAUCUACACGGAAAUGGGAUUCGAUGUGAUGGUGGUGCACAUUACACCCUGGCAGCUGCUUUGGCCGACCAAGGGCACACAGGUGGUCGCCGCAGAGACACUGAAAUUUCUGGAGAACAAUAAAUCAUAUGCACCGAUUGUAAUGCACGGAUUCUCGGUCGGUGCAUAUCAGAUGGGCGAGAUAAUGUUGCAAAUGUCGCGCGAUAUGGAUCGAUAUGGCAGUGUGCUGGAUCGUUUUGCAUGCCAGAUUUGGGAUAGUGCGGCUGACAUUACCGAAAUCCCAGUGGGUCUACCCAAGUCCAUUUUCCCAAAGAAUGAGCGCAUGCAGAGCGCUCUGCGAAAUUACACAUUGUACCAUAUGAAGACAUUCCAUAAUCAGGCAACCAUACAUUAUAUGCGCUCCAGUCAGAUGUUCCACUCGACGAUACUGAAAGUGCCAGCGCUCUUCUUUGUAUCCGACAAUGAUCCCAUUGGUCCGCCUUCCUCCAAUCAAGCGGUGCGCGAGAACUGGGAGCGUGCCAACAUAAAGGUUACAUUCAAGUGCUGGCAACGAUCGCAGCAUGCGGGACACUUGAUGAAGCAUCGUGAUGAGUAUUUGGAGGCACUGUUCCAGCAUUUGGAGAACUGCGGUGUCCUUGAGGCUGUUGGCGUGCCCAAGCGCGCAAAGUUGUAAAAUACCCCUCUCCUUUUCAUUUGGGUGAUAAUAUUUGCAACAAUUUCAUGAUUUUACUUAGUUUUUAAGAAUUAAAGUUUAACCAUUUUGUUCCCUAUGUGUAUGUGUGUGUGCCAGAAUCUUCAAAUUAUACCAAAAUUUGGCCAAUCAGUUCAAUUCACUUAAUGUACUGCAAAGUAAAUGCUCCUUAGUAAAGCAACAAUAUAUACAUAAAUAAUAGAUAUUGUUAUAUUUUGAGACCAGCACCAGCAUCACAGAUAAAUAAAGUAUUUUAAUUAAAAAUAA